AUGGCUAAUACGAAUUUGAAAGUAAUUGGAGGUAAGCCUGGAGAGGAUAUCCGAGAUAAGUUUUACACAGAGAGCGUGACGAUUCACGUUGUGGGACCAGAGGAUUCCCCUGUCGUCGCCGUGGGUGAAGAUGUUGUACUGGAGUGCAGAACGGAACCAAACGUCUCCCUGAUGGGCAUGGAGGUUCGAUGGUUUAAAAAUUACUUUUCUGCGCCAGUGCACUUGUACGCCGCUGGCCGCGAUCAGCCCACCGUACAGGACGCAGCUUACAAAGGCAGGACGCAGCUUUACAGAGAAGAGCUUCCUCAUGGGAAUGCCUCUCUCAAGCUGAAGAACGUAAAUGCACAUGACAGUGGGGAAUAUAGGUGCUUCAUCGACUACAAAGAUGACUACGAUGAAACAAAGAUCCUGCUAACAGUUGGAGGUGUGGGACAGCAGCCUUGGAUCGACCUGGAAGGAACCCAUCAUCACGGAGUUCGUCUCGUGUGCAGAUCUGACGGCUGGUACCCUGUACCAACUGUGCACUGGUUGAACGGGAAUGAGGAGAACCUGGCCAGACAAUCAUUGACUACACGGAAAGACCAGUCCAGUGGCCUUUAUGCUGUUUUCAGUCAGAUUGAUGUGACAAGCGAUUCUGUGAACAAAUAUUCCUGUGUAAUGAGAAACAAUGUACUGAAUGAAGAGAAAGAGGCCCAAAUCCAAUUGUCAGGUGGAUUCUUUCCCAGGACCAACGCUUGGAUGGUAGCUUUUAUCGUGUUUUUAAUUCUUGUGAUUGGCGCCAUUGUUUGUGAAGUGUUUCGCCACAGAGGAAAGCGUGUAAGGAUUAAAGAACUGAAGCUGUUCUGCAUUUUGGAAGGUUAUAACGAUCAUGAAAUAAAUGAAGUUUCUGUGACCCUAGAAGGCGAAACUGCAAAUCCUAAACUUGAGCUGAGAAACCAGGACAGGGUGAGACUGACCGAGGUUGAGCAGAAUUGCCCCGACACCGGGAAACGCUUCACGGAACUGGAAUCCGUGCUGGGGCUGGACGAAUUCAGAUCAGGGCGAUAUUACUGGGUGGUGGAGGUGGCGAUGAAUCGGAACUGGAGUCUGGGUGUUGCCACAGAGACUGCCGAGAGGAACGGGAUGGCUGAACUGAAACCGGAGAAUGGAUUCUGGACCAUUGGGCGUGUGGGAGACGAGCUUCACGCAAACGACUCUAUUCCCAUCACCCUCAGCACCCAGCCUGUCCCCGAGAAGCUGGGUAUUUAUCUCAGCUACGAGUCCGGGAUAAUUUCCUUUCACAGCUUGCCUACAAAGACCUGUAUCUACACCUUCACUGUAGACAAAUUCGAGGGGAAACUUUAUCCUUUCAUCAGGACCAGCCACGUUGACAAAUGGGUGAAGGUGUCCUCUGGUUCCGUGCUGGAUUUGCAUAAAGAGCCACAUUCCCGGGGCACCUUCAGGAACAGGUUUCGGAGGCUGUGGAGUGGAAAACCCUACUGA